UCACAACUGUUUUUGUUUACAUAUUCACGAUGAUUUUAGAACAAAUUUAUUAAUGAAAAAGUCUUAAAUUAUGACUUACACACUAUGUCAAGUUUGCCUUAAAGGCAGGGAUAAUGUAUUCCCUUUAUCGGGGAAAGAUAUUGAAAUAUACAAUCGUAUUUUCAAAGAGCUCUCAAAUGAAUCGCAAAUGUUGAUGUGUAUAUUUUGCACGAAUUUAUUGCGUAAGUUGGACAAAUUUGCAGAACAAUGUCGCAAUGCACAAACAAAAAUGAAAGAAAAAUCAAAACAGGAUACAUUUACAAUACAGAACAACAUAAACAACAUAUCUAUAUCACCAACAAAAACAUACUAUAUAGGUCCUGAUUGGAUGCAUUUAGAUUGUAACAUAAAAAUGGAGGAAUGUAACACAGUUUAUGUAAACGAUGAUGUACCAAUGUUGUUUUGUGAAAGCAGUAUGGAUGCAGAAUUUGAAAAUGGAACUCUAGAUGAUAGUAACAAUGUAAAUAUGUUAGAAGAAUCAAACACUGAAUUAGAUAUUGAUAAUGAUCCUUCAAAAUGUGGUAAAAAUAAGAAGCAAAAGAAAGUGUUAAAAGAGGGAUUCAGUUCGCGAAUGGUUCAAGAAACCUCCGAGUAUACUGUCAUCAAAUUGACUAAAGAACAGGUUUUAGAUGAAAUGAAGGAACGUUCAAAAAGCGAGAAAUAUCUACGUGCUCCAUACAAAUGUGAGAGUUGCGUGAAAGGUUUUAAUUUUGAGGAUGUAUUACAAGGUCAUAUGGAGAAACAUUCACAGAAACAAGGUCAGUACCGUUGUGAGCUUUGCACUCAAUACUGUCCUAGUUCUGUCUCACUGCGAGGUCAUAUGAAGUCACAUACAACAAGAUAUAGAUGCAAGAUAUGUGGCUAUAUCCGUCUCUCUCGCCAGCAUGUACUGGAACACCAUACUAUAGUGCAUACACACGCAGCAGCCGCGUACAGCUGCGGCCGGUGUGUCUUCACCACCAACAAACGUACCGUAAUGCAGAGACACGUUCGCAUACACAACAGCACGUCGACUCACGAAUGUCAUAAAUGCGGCAAAAUGUAUAAAAGCUUAGAAUCUCUACGUGUGCAUACUAUGCGUCACGACAACAAAAAGAGGUUCCAAUGCGACCAGUGUAACUUGAGCUUUGUGUAUCCAACACAAUUACACAAGCACGUUCAAUCCGUACACAUACGUAGGGAUUACUAUUGCGUUGAAUGCGAUAUUAAAUUCAAAUCUAUGGACACUUUGAAGUUACAUUUCAAACGUGCGAAAAGACAUCGAGAUGGCGCUCAUAACAACAAAAGUGAAUCGAGAAGUUUGUCAAGUAACACGCGACCUCGUCGGAAACAAAACACAUUAAAUUCGUAAUAAAAAUCACCACCAGUUAACACUUUAAGUGCCGCUGACUCAAAAAAAAUCUUAAUGGCGGUGCAGAGCCGGCGUUAGAUAAUGGCGUUAAGUCGCCCAGGGUGAUAACCAAAAGGGGCGCCCUAGGUCUGCGAAUUACAGUCUCACGUAAUCCCCCUCCGUAAAAUGAAAUAAAAAAUUGGAGAUAAUUUCU